AUGACCAUUCCUCCUCAUGGAGGAACCGAUCUGUGGUUCCAGGAUGAGUCUCUCCAAAACUUCAUUGCAGGUGCUACAAAGUACUAUUUAGGACCACCAAUUAUUCAAGUUCCUGUGGCAACUAUUUGGCAGAUGCACCUACCCCAGACAAUCAAAUUCACAAGGGAAAAAGGUUAUGACAUCAAGCCUGGAGAUGUCAUAGAGGUUGCUCACAGCCCAGAGUAUCAGAUGAAAGGAAUUGUGCAAGUCAUUGGCCAAGAGGUGUUCAUGGUUAGAGGUGACCAGAAGGGUUUCCAAGCCAUGUUGUAUGGCAUUGGGAGUGGGAAUUGUACCAUUGCUAUCAAUGGGCAGGCACGCACCACACUCAAAUGCCAAGAUGUUGUGACCAGAUGCAUCACACCCCCUCAUGUCUCAGUUCCCUCCAACUCAUCCAGUUCUGUUGGCACAGAUUCCAACCCAUCAUCAUCCCAGUGGACUGCCUGGAAUGUCAGCCAGGAUAUAAAUGUUGCAAACAAUCCUCUGUCAGCAGCUGAUCUCAGCUCAUUAAAAUCUGACCCAUGGACUGUUGAUGCACAGGACAUUCAGGAUAGCAUCAAUGCCAGAGUGGAGAAACUCAAAGACAAUGGGCCUCUACCUUGGUUCAUGAGCAAAGAGUUCUCUUCACACUUUCUUACAUAUCAUGCAAUGUUCACAGUCUCACCAAGCUUCAGCCAUGCCAAGUUCUACAAAUGUCUAGAAUUCUGGACACCAUUAGUUUGGGUGGACACCAAUGGCUUGCAGGUCAUAUUUGUGGAGAAUACAAGUAAAACACCCGCUAACAUCAAAGUUGUGGACUUCCAAUUACAGCUUGUGGUCUAUGGGUUACCUAUCUACUGCAGACUCCAAUUCAAUGAUGAGGAUUCUGGGUGCUCACUCACAAUAGAAGAUGUUAUUAUUAUUGUGAAGCAACUUACACCACUUGAAGUGAAGGAGCAACUGUUGAAGCAAAUCAGACACAGUGCAAUGGCCCCAACAUAUUUCAAUGAGCUCGCAGAAGCUAUCAGCACAGAACUGGUCAGGGAGGAGUUAAUAGGGCAAUGUGUGCAGCUUCUGAAAGAUAAUGAGGCAGAAGCAUGCACAGCAGCUGCAGACCAGAUCCUAGGAUUUUCAAAACUGCUUGAGAAGAAAGUCAUCCUUGCACACCAUCAUGCCUUUGGCCUUGCACUGCUCUUGGGUAGAGAUGCUACUAUUGAGCAUCUCUUAUCCCUGUCCCUUCAUCUAUUAAAGGUCAAAUUUUGGCUCAAUGUCAUCAUCAUUGAUAUCAAACUCCUAUCUGAUAGUCUUCCCAUCAUCAUUGAGCUUGCAAAGAAUAAGCCAUGGAACCUGUGCAUGUCCUGGUUGGGUGACACAGUCUUCAGUAUAUGUGAAUUUGCACCCAUGAACCUCAAGAAACUGACAGAAGUCUUCAAUGUUGAUUGGGCAAAGGUUCAGAUUGUCCCCAAGGUCAUGGAUAUGGAGUAA